ACUUAAAGAGCUUAAAAAAGAAUUUGAACUAGAUAAUAGUACAGAUAAUAAUGAAAGUGAAACUUGUGAUAUGAUAGAUGAACCUUUUACAUAUCAAGAAUUAGAUAAUGAUUUUGCAUGUCAAGAACUUAAUGAUUAA